CGCGUCUCACUCAGCUGCAGACCACGACGUACAUACCUUCGCAGCUUUCGUUUGCGGUGAUGGUGCUGGUGAACACCACGUCUGUAGACAGCGGCCUUGCGAUGACUACUGCGCUGGCCGUAGUAACCUACCUUUGGUUCAAGCAUUAUGAACCCACCGACAUUGUGUCGCUGAGCGUUUUGCUCGGUUUCACACCUGCUAUACCAGCAGUCCUCCUUGGGUCACCAAUGAGCUCGACCGUAGCUGCAGUGUUAACUGCCUACACAGUUCACUAUGGAAUCAUCCUGGCUUGCAUUGUUGCCUACCGUCUUUCGCCGUUUCACCCACUAUACAAGUACCCCGGGCCGCUCCUUGGCAAGCUGUCCAAACUUACUCUUGUCUAUGUGGCCUCCACCGGCAAGCAGCAUCAUUACUUCCUUCGGAUGCACCGGAAGUACGGCUCCAUAGUCCGUGUAGGUCCGAAUGAGCUGUCAAUCGUGGAUGCAGAGCUUCUCCCCAAUAUCAUGGGACCGGAUGGCAUGCCCAAGGGACCUCUUUGGAAGGGGCGACAGAUCGGCGGGAAGAAAGGUUCCGCGAAUACCCAUCCGAAAGGUACCCUCAUCAAUGCUCGCGACAAAGGGGUGCACGCGGAGAAUCGUCGCGUGUGGAACCGUGCCUUCACAAGCUCCGCAGUGAAGCGAUAUGAGCCCACUGUGAUACGCCUGGCGUCCCAACUGGUGGAUGAGCUCAAGAAACGCUGUAGUGCUGAUGCGCAGCAGGAGAACGCGGUCGAUCUGUCGCAGUGGCUCAGCUUCUUCUCGUUUGAUUUCAUGGGUGACUUUGUUUUCGGAGGACCGUUUGAGCUGCUCACGGAGGGCGACAAAAAUGGUUUGGUGCAUACCGUAGAAUCUGGGUUGUAUCCAACAGCAUUGAUCCAACAUAUACCUUGGUGUGUUGGGGCAGUCGUGAACCUUCCGUUCGUCGCGAAGCAGAUGAAGGGCCUGGGGAUGUUCGCCUAUACACAAACGCUGCGGCGACUCCAGGCAGGCUCCGUACACGACGAUCUCUUUUACCACCUCGCAGACGAAGCCGGUCUGGAGAAGCAACGCCCUACUGUGCCAUACCUCAUAUCUAACAUGGUCACCGCUAUCAUAGCAGGCUCCGACACCACUGCCGUGGCCUUAACCGCCGCAUUCUGUCUCCUGGCCUCGCACCCGACGUGUUACGCGCGCUUGCAAGUCGAGAUUGACGAGGCCUUCCCGCCCCACGAAAGCGAACCGACGGAUACGGCGAAGAUGGCGCAGUUGCCUUACUUGAACGCCAUCAUCAACGAAACGCUCCGGCUCCACCCUCCGGGCGCGACGUCUCUACAACGUGCGCCUACCGAAGGUAGCGGCGGCCACAUGCUCGGAAGACAGAUCUUCAUAUCAGAGGGCACCGCAGUGUACUCCCCGCCAUACCGAUGGAUCGAAAAGGACCACAACCCCAACAUCAUACUGAACACCGAUGCCUUCAUGCCCUUCUCGACGGGCCCUGCCAAUUGCGUAGGGCGCCCGUUGGCACUCAUCGAGAUGCGCAUGGUCCUGGUGUACGUCCUGCGGGCUUUCGACUUGCGCUUGAAGGACGGAUUCGAUGCCGAGCGAUGGAGAGAGGACCUGCGCGACCUCUUUGUUACCAUUAGGGGGCCACUACUUGUUGUACUUACGCCGCGUCACUGACUGUGACGGCUUGGUUCGAAUUGCCUUGCUUGUCUUGGUCAAACCGGCAGGAAUGUACUUAGAGGAUCAAUUGUCACAUGUUGUGAUGAACGUAAGGUGAACAUAGUGUAGUAGAAGAUAAUGUAAAUAGUUAUUCAUAGGAAUAACAUGAGCUACUGUUGUCCUAAUGAAAC